AUGCAUUGCCCUCCUUUGCUCCAGAGAGUGACAAGUGGUGUAAAGAGAUUUCUGUCUGCUGAUCAAACUAGCAAACAAAAUGGCUACUACUCAGUGAGGAAAGGAGAGACACUCAACAGAAAGUACCGUGUGGUGCAGAAUCUGGGGCGUGGCUACUUCUCAACAGUCUGGCUGUGCCAAGAUGUGGGAAAGAAGAGAUGUGUGGCUGUCAAAAUACCCAAGGGAGGAGAGGAUUUUUCUGAAGCAGCCCUGGAUGAAGUCAUGCUCCUUCGCUGUGUGAACAGCAAGCGGAGGAAGAACGGAGCCAGCAAUCACAUCAUCCACUUCUUGGAUGAUUUCAAAAGGCCAUCGAGUUUUCAGGAAACUUGGAUCCUUGACUUCUCCCUACAUGUGUGCUUAGUGUUUGAGUUGCUGGGCCCUUCACUGCAGUCUCUGCUAAGCAGCCGAGGAGCCCAUGGCCUCCCGUUACCUUUCGUGAAGAGAGCCACUCAGCAGGUGCUCCAAGGCUUAAGUUUCCUACACAAGGAAUGUCGCAUCAUCCAUGCGGACAUCAAACCUGAGAACAUCCUGCUGUAUGUCACGGAAGACAGUCUGCGGACCCUGCUGCACAACAUGGCUGCCUUGGAACAUGGGGCAGGAGCAAAGCCAGAGAACGACACGGCUGCUCUCUUGGACCUUGGCAACCUUAUGAAAAUGGGAGUGAAAAUCGCAGACUUGGGAAGUGCAUGCUGGACGUACAAGCCCUUCUCGAAAAAGAUCCAGACUCAGCCCUACAGAGCUCUGGAAGUGCUUCUUGGAUUAGAUUAUAGCACCCCAGCUGACAUUUGGAGCACAGCAUGCAUGGUUUUUGAACUGGCAACCGGAGAGCGUCUUUUCGAGCCCCACGCUGGACAAUAUUUCUCCAGAGACGAGGAUCAUGUGGCUCGGAUCAUUGAGCUUCUGGGGAGAAUCCCACCCAAAAUAGCUCUGUUCUGGAAAGAGAAGUCAACCUUCUUCAACAGCCAAGGUGCUCUAUUGCGGAUGUCCUGGAUCUCCUUCUAUGACCUCUAUCACAUCCUCACUGACAAACACAGCUGGCCAGCGCAUCAGGCAGCUGUGUUUACUAAUUUCCUCCUGCCAAUGUUGGAAUAUGCCCCGGAAAGAAGGGCACCAGCUGAGAAAUCCCUUCAGCAUCCUUGGCUCAGUACCCAGUAAGCUGCUUGGCCAAAGCUUCCCACCCUCUACUAGUUCCAGCAGUGAUUCAGAAACUGAGAUGUUGUCAAGCUGGGUCAAACUAGCUCUGACAUUAAUUUUGUUGGGUCAAACUAGCUCUGACAUUAAUUGCAUGGAUUAAUUUAGCAUCAAAGUUUUGUUACAUAUAUAUUAUGUCCAAAAGGAAGCAAAGCAGGUGUGUGCAUGUGUUUAAUUCAGUGGUUCCCAACCUUGG